CGACCCGAUCAUCGUCGACAUUCAGCAGUUCCCAGGAACGAGUCACUUCGCUCUCGUUUCACUUACGCCGACAAUGACGACGAAAAUUUUGCACGUUUUCAUGAAGCAACGCUCUUGGUGACACGCUUCUUUCGGAUAUGCAUUUGCCGUUAAAGUUUCGCUCGCUACAAGCUUGGAUCGAGAGAUGAAACCUGGCCAUUGAAGUGUUCCCUGCAGUCAAAUUUUUUUCUUCAGUCAGGCUGCUGGAAGCGAUUGAUUCCGCGUGAAGUCCUCAACUCCCAAGGAAUUUUCUUCGUGUUCCAGUAGAGGUGACAGAACGUAGUGGGUUGAAGCCAUGAAGGUGCCGCGUGUACUAGUCCUGUGCGCCGCAGUGUGCUCCGUAGCCGUGCCUUGUGCGCGUGCCGUCACCGAAAACUCAUCGCCAGGGUUAAUAGACAAAGCGAAGGCAUUCAUUGGCAACAUGUUGAACAGCAAAGACAGUGCUCUGACUCGGCGACUACUAGAGGCAGAUAUUUCGCCUUCCUGCACGGUGGGCCUCUUGAAGUUAAUGCGUGGUAUCCGAAACUUAGACCCAUGGGUAAUAAGAAUGUUCGACGCUUCCGGCAAGUAUCCUACAGGCCUCUUUCAAGGAACUCUUGCAGACCUGGGAGCGUUCGACGAGUGCGUCGAGACUCUCGUGCACGACGAAUUCGGCAACGAGAAGGUUCGGGGCCAGUACUGCAACAUGUACGUUCCUAUGACCAACGACACGCGGCCCGUGGACUACCUAGCAUCGGCUCUGCGCAUGUCACAUCCGCGGACAGUGGAAUUCGCUAUCGGCAGCUCACACGCAUCAAUGGUUGAAGGUGCCCGUCUAGGCAUCUGCUUCAUCAAUGACUGCAACGAGGAAGAUACUGAGACUGUCAUCAAUGCGAUUCUCGGAGGUUUGGUCGACGUAAAGGUCAGAGAUUGCAUCACCAACGAGCCAAAGCCAUGGACAAUCACACAGAUCUCAAUUGUGGCUUUCUUGGGCACCCUUGCAAUAGUGAUCGCCGCUAGUAGCACCUUUGACUACUACUUAACAAACCAACAAAUCAAGAAAGGACCUUUACAGAGAGCACUGUGUGCUUUUUCAUUAGAAGCCAAUAUACAACUGCUGUUGAACAUAGAAAAUUCAAAGGAAUCGGAAGCCAGCUCCUACAGGUUUCUUCAUGGCAUACGUAUCUUGGCCAUAUUCUCAAUUGUUUUUGGUCAUUCGUACAGCUUCUUCGACCACUUAGCUUUAGCCAGAACAAUCAACAUUCUUCGUUUUGCCGACACACUGGGAUUCAGUUUUGUUAUAACGGGCUACUGGAGCGUGGACGUCUUCUUCUUCCUCAGUGGAUUCCUAAUGGUCUACAACAUCGACAAAUUAUCUAGGACGAACAUAAACCGGUUCUACAUCUGGUUAGCAGCAAUAAUCCGCCGACAUUUAAGAACUACCACCCCAGUGUUUUUUGUCAUCAUGUGCUGCCACCUGGGACCAGUGGUUGCAUCCGGUCCUAACCUAAAGCCAUUGAUGGAGAAAAUUUAUGAUGAGUUCAGUAGGGAGUGGUGGCGAAUUUUGCUGCAAGUUCGAAAUGCCGGCGACCGUACACGACAGGAAUUUCUAGGCUUGCUAUGGUUCAUAUCAGCAGACUUCCAACUCUUCAUGGUCGGAAUGCCGUUGGUGUUGAUUCUUAAACGGUACUACUGGGGCAAAAUCACAGCCUUCGGCAUAGUGGGGGCCGUAUGUUCGGUCAUAGCCGCAUGGCAGUUGCAUGGAACUAAGUAUCCACCCUUUAUGAUGCCCAUCAUCAGCGACAUUAGCAUAGCGAACAGCUACUACUACGACGUUUAUGUGUGGCCUUUCCACCACGGAAUGUGCUAUUUCGCAGGCUGCAUGGUUUGCUUGCUCGUCCAGAGAUACCGGCACGUAAAGAUUUCAAAGUUGAAACAAUUUUCCAUGUGGUGUCUGUGUGCAACUUGUGGGCUCACGUGCCUGUUCAUCAAGUAUGACUGGUGUCGAGGCCGCAACCCAACUGAGGAGUGGGUAACGCUCCUGGUGUCGAUCGCCAAUGGCCUCUGCUGCGCCGUAUUCCUAGCCUGGCUGGUAUUCGCCUGCGCUGCUGGCAGAGGAGGCCUGGUGUCGAGAUUUCUGUCCUGGAAGGCGCUGGUUCCUCUGAGUCGUCUCUCGUUCGGCAUCUACUGCAUCCACGUGCCCCUCUACUAUUUCAUCUUCGCCCUGGCCCGUGAGAGGACAUUCGUAGGGAACUUUACAAUGGUGCUGCUGUCGCUUGGAGCCUUCGUGCUGAGCGGCAUGCUCAGCUUCAUCGUGUUCGUGGCCUGCGAAGCUCCGGUGGGUCGACUGGAAAAGAUGGUGCUGAUGCCCUCCAGUCCGCAACAGAAGGAUCUCAAAGAACGCAAAGCCGCGCCGGCGAAGGGCGCAGCACAGAACGGCGCUCCGUCCGAAAUGGUUUCUACGUGGAUAGGGGAUGACCAAAAGCGCCUGGAAGAGGUUGUAGCCAUUGUUAACAGCCGCUUGUGAAAUAUUUAUCCAGUUUUCUUUUAUGCUACGACCGCGUGUUCCUGCAUUUUGCGCAAUGUUUAUGUAGCGUAGUAACAUCGGCGCCCCACUUUUUCAGAAACGUCAAUGCUCAGCAGCUUAACGCCUGAAUAAAUAUUCUCACUUUGCCUUAACAAUCCCGACAGACACCACUCAGACCUAUCGAAAUUCUAAAACACAGAAGCAACGGUUAUGAGAAUCGAGUUCCUAUCUUUUGUUUCACAUUUUACUACCCUCUACUCGAUCAAACUGUCCGGUCGCCAUUUAUCACCACACUGUAAACUAACCACCACUGUGCUACCUUAUUAGAAAAAAGGCGAUAUGACUUACCGUUUUUCGCGCUACAAAAAGUUGUACAGUGUUAUCACAGUACCUAGUGCCUUAAAGUGAUACUUAGUCAUCCCUUUGUGGAAGUACAUUUUAUGUUGUUACACAGCAUUGCAACUGACAAAUAUAUGCUGGUACAGAUACACGAAGAAGUUCGCACAGCAUGAUACAUGCAACUUGUUGUGGUCAUAGUUUAUACAACAUACGUUAAAGUGCUAAUCAAUACUUCUCUUGACAACAUGUAACGCGGGUACUAUGCCUGUUAUUCAGGUACAGCUCUUCAGCAGACGGCAACACAUCAGGAAGUAGCAGCGCUAAACUUAUGUGUCUAAUCAAGUUCCUGGACAAUACGUGUAUGCAUGAGUUUAUUAGGCAACCUGUAAUAUUUGCCUCUGACAUAACCGGAAAACAAAACAAAACAAACACUCAAACAAACAAUCAACCAAAUAAAUAAGCAAUAGUAUCCGUGUACUAUAGAAGUAUUCAAUCAAGUUUAUUGUCGUUCUUUCUGACUGAUUCAACUGACCGCUUUACAUAAUGUUAAAACGAGGGUAUUUAUAGCCUGGAGAACAUAGUGCAUUGGGACUGGUUCAUUAACAUUCCUAUUCAUCGAUGUAACUUUAAUCUCAGUUCUUUCUUGACAUACUACUAGGAUGACGUUGCCUGUUGCCUGGAUACACUUCCACAGAAUGAAGUGUACCCUGUUAACUUUCUGCGUGUAUCAUCCAUGCUGAAAUAGUCCGCCCACUAUAACAAUGCGCACCAUACCAAGUGCAGUUAUCACCUUCGCCUGACGGCAGCUCUCUAGUACAGAAUGCUUAUGAAAACAAUAAGCUUUAAGUGCUAUAGGAAAAUAAAUACGAGAAAAUAUCAUAAUGCACUUUCGGGCCCGUUGGUGGGUCAUGCUAAGUGUAUACAGCCUGAAGGACAUGAAGCGUGCGAUUUUCAUUCCGUCCGUCUUUCCCUCUCGCGCUGUGGAUUCAGGACCACAACAUCCUUCUUGAACAGCUCAUCGCUACCGAUUAAAUGGCAAUAAUAACAGAUAUAUAUAUAUUUUUUAAAUACUGUUUUUGUGUUCUUUUAUGUGUUCAAACAAUUUAAAACAUCGGGUUGAUAAAUCUAUGAACUUGUAGGCUGGCAAUUAUUCGAAUUAAGCUAUUUUAGUAUAACAACUUAACAAUUCGCCCAACUGACAAUCCUUCUGCGCUGAGAUUCCUUCCUUUUAUCUUUUUAUUUUUCUUUUAUUUUUGUUUAACCUGCGUCUAGCCCUAAACGGUGGUGUAAUAAUUGUGCAUUAGUGCUGGAUGUUGUGCAUGUAAAACAACUUUCGUAAAGCAAAACACGACGCUGUAGUCUACAAUCGUGUUAUUACGCAAGGUUAGUCAAACAGACUGUUGAUAACCUUAUUUACUAAUAUUUAUUAUUUAGGAUUCUCUGUUUGCUAUGUCGUAUGUAAGGUUACGGCAGACGUAAAAAUUCUAGAAACAAUUGCUUGUGCAGAUGUGUAGAAAAUGAAUGGAAAUUAGAAGGUGGGAGAAAAUAUUUAUGUACUGAUGCAAUGUAUUAGUAAAUGUUUCAGGGAAGACUUUCAUAGAUCAUAUUAAAACACUGAACUGCUAAGACGAGGACAAGAUGUUAGAGAUUAUAUAUUAACUAAAUUUUGUAAUUGCGGCCCAAAUAAAUCGCAUUUGCCAGAAAUCCUUUAAAUAUAACAGUUAAGAAAGAGACUUUCGGAAAGAUGCUGUUCCAUUACAUUUUACGGCAAUAUAUGUACCUGCAGCGUGCAUAAAUGUUAGCUGAGGCAAAGGUGUAUAAUUCGCCGUGCAUUUUCGUCCGUUUGUUUAACAUGCUGGCUUGCUUCGGUUUGGAAAUUACAACAUAUCGUCCAAUGGUAUUAAGAAAUUAUCUAAUAUGCUUUAGGUAAAUAUUCCAUUCAUUACUGAUCAUAACAUAUUGACCUUAACGUCUGCCGCCACGAAUGUUGUUUUGUCCAGUCUUGAGGACAGUUCUGCUGCUGUUAAUAAUCACUCAAAAUAUAUUAUAGAGAGUAGAUUUCAGAAUACUUCCAUCUCCAAUCCGUAAAACAAAAACAGAAAUGUGGCGCGAAAUUCGCCAGGAUGAAUACAAUAAUCAAGAUGCUUAAAGUAAGAGAAUGAAUGUUAUGAGUCCUCGCGAAACAUCGUUUACGCUUCUUUGAUAAUGAUAGAUGCAGUGAAAUAAGUGCAUCUAUAAAAAACUGCACUGGAAUAAGUGCAAACUGGCGCCGUCUGAAUUAGAAAGCCGGCGUCUGCAGUACUAACAGGCGUUUUUGUGUGUUUACUUCCGAGAGCGCCGUCUCAACCAACAUCAUCGUUGUUCUCAGUGUGUGUAAACUUGAUGUGUUUAUUGCGAACUGCUGCGCUAGAGUAAGCAGUGCUGUUGCCGUAAAAGAUAACCAUGGAGUUAACCGAACGCACCGCCUCGUGGUAGUUGCCUUGUGAAGAGUGCAGUUGCCAACGUCACGGAGGGUUGGUCGUUGGAGGCCGAGCACACCGAGACAGCGUUUCGAGCGCCGCAAACUGGCAUGCGACACCUGUCGAAAGUGAACAUAACCACUGAGACUGCAGCACUGCUGCUGGCGAAGUGGGUAGUUACAUUUGCUGUCGACAGGUGACGACGUUCUAGUGGCCAAGGCCAAUGAAGUGGGCCGACGCUUCCUUGCGGAACUCGCACGUUCGGAUUGUCUUCGUGACGACGGCGUACGUACAUCACUCGGUAAAAGCCCAGUGAAGCUUCCAGUGUAUCGUGUCUUACAUGCAGGAGGCAAUAAGAGUUGCUGGUUUUGUUGCCUUAACUUUCAUAAAGUGGAGAGGUACUUCAUGUCAUCUUUCUUGAUAUUUAAGGAAAGAUCUACGGACGAUUUUGCCCCUCAUGGUUCGUUGUUUACUUUUUUUUCGUUUUUUGAUCAUUGAACGCACCUCAUGUUCGGGUCCAAAGCCUGUGGCCCCCUGCCAUCAUAUCUCACCCCCAUGAUGUUGUCUUUUGUGUCGUGUGUAUUCUCAUAAAGAUAUAAACAACCAUUGAAACCGUGA